GAGAACAAGCCUCAGUUGAUUUUACAACACAACACAACACACAAAAAUGGAAUACAACUUCUCCAACAAAGUAGUCCUGGUGACGGGGGCCAGCGCCGGCAUAGGCGAGGCCACAGCUUUGCUGCUGGCGAAGAUGGGAGCUCGGCUCUCGCUUGUUGGCAGAAACGAAAAGAAUCUGAAGUCAGUAGCGGAAAGAUGCAAGAAGGACGGUGCGUCGGCCACACUCAACAUCGUCGCGGAUCUCGGCACCGACGAGGGCUGCGAGAAGACCGCCAAGAAAACUCUGGAGCAUUUUGGAAGACUAGACGUGUUGGUGAACAACGCGGCCAUCGGUGCGGUGGACCUGAUCGAGAAGGGCGACAUGGCGGUGUUUGACAAGCUAUUUAACGUGAACCUGCGCAGCGUGUACAACCUGACGAGGCUCCUGGUGCCCGCGCUCAUUGCCUCUAAAGGCAACAUCGUUAAUGUUUCCAGCCUCGCCGGCACGUGGGUCAACAAGGGAGCCGUCUCUUACUCCAUGGCUAAGGCAGCGUUGGACCACUUCACGCGUCUGAUCGCCCUAGAGUUGGGCCCUAAAGGCGUCAGGGCCAACACCGUCAGCCCCGGCAUUACGAUCAGCCAGUUCCACCAGCGCAUGACCGGCGAAUCCGAUGAGCAAUACCAAGAUUUCCUGACCCGCACCUCGAAGAUCAUUCCUCUCGGCGAGCCGUGCACGUCGGAGGAUAUCGGUAAGAUGAUCGUGCACAUCGCCAGCGACCACAGCCGCAUGGUGACAGGCACGCUGGUGUUAGUGGACGGCGGCCUGCAGUUCAGCAGCCUCGGCGACGUCCUCACAGAAACAUUGAAGUGAAUAUCCCCUGGAUAAUAAUUUUAUCUAUUAUUAUUGAACAAACUUGAAUAUACUUUUUUUUAUAAC